CAUGUUUUCAGUAUGUCAGAGAAAAACCAGACAGUCGCUACUGUCAUAACAGAGUUUUUCAUUGUGGGAUUCCCAGGACUUCAACCGGAAUACUACAACCUUAUGGCUGCAGUUUUCCUCAGUAUUUAUGUUGCUGUAUUAGUGGGUAAUUCUGUCUUUAUGGUGCUAUUUGCAAUUGAAACAAGUCUCCAUAAGCCCAUGUAUAUCAUUAUGUUGAAUCUGGCUGUGUCUGAUGUUGGAUUCUGCACUGUAGCUCUCCCUAAACUGAUCUCUCGCUACUGGUUCAAUAAUGGCUCCAUCUCCUUCCAACUCUGUCUGAUGCAGAGACUGUUCAUCCACUAUUUUGGCACACUGAACUCUCUUAUUAUGAUGAUCAUGGCUCUAGAUCGUUAUCUAGCUAUCUGCUUCCCACUCAGAUACCCUGCACUGAUGACUAACCGAACUAUGGGCCUCUUAUCGGGGCUUUCCUGGGCAUCGGCGCUGAUUUCCCCCAGUAUUUCUUCAUGGCUGACUGUGAUGAUGCCCUUCUGUGGGCCCAAUCUGAUCAUUAAUUGCUUUUGUGAUACCUUAUCUAUGAACAACUUAGCCUGCACUGAUACAAGAGCUGUCUAUCAAGUGCAAUUCUCAAUGGCCAUGUUUGUUCUUCUUGCGCCCUUCUCUUUUAUCAUUUUCUCCUAUGGCAGCAUUCUGGUGACUGUAAUCAGGACAGUGAACAGUCAAGGCAGACUGAAAGCCUUUUCCACUUGUGCCACACAGCUGUGCAUCAUUAGCUUCUAUUACGCACCUCGCUUCUUUGUAUAUGCAACUCCUAAUAUACCUAAUUUGAAAAUGACAGUCGAUCAGAGACUGGCAAUUUCUAUGUUCUAUUCUCUGAUGCCACCACUAGUGAACCCACUCAUAUACUGUUUCAGAACCAAAGAGAUCCAACAACUGUUUGGGAAAUGGUGCUCAAGAAAGAACAUGAUGAGUCAGAAAGUCAGUGUUAUCUUUUUCCCUAAAUGA